UUUCACAAUUCGCACACGAGCGAACAUUGAAGCUCAAACGUCAAGCACGACUACCAGCACCAGUGGCGGGUUACCCGCGACGUCAGUGCAGGGCAACGGUUCGAGAUCAAGAUGGAUGCUCCACUUGCGCGUCGUCAACCCCUGUCAGCGAGCCGUCGGAUGACGUCGAUGUGUGGCGGCGUGCGACCAAGUCAGCAAGCAAGAUAUUCGAAGCACCGGUACCCCUUCGUUAGGUCAUUAAGCUACUUCAGUAACACUAUACUCGCUCCGGUAGACACCAAUUCUUAAGACUGCCUCCACUGCAUCCCUUCUUCCAGGAAUCACAUCAUACACUCACAAAAAUAACGAUUUGACUCGAAACUAGACAUCACAUCCUUUAACAUGCCCGCAGCCUCAGUAGCAUCCGCGCCCGUCAAGCGCACCGCCAACAAGACCACCGCCUCUAGGUCUGCGAAGAAGCCGGCUCAGAGUGCGAACAAGAAGCCUCAGACAAACGGCGCAACCAACGGAGCGUCGCAAGCUCAGAUGUCACCAUACACUAUCAUGGCUUCGAGAAUCGCGAACCGCGUUGCGGAGAUGGCGGAGAACAUGACUUUUGUUGAGCGUGAGAAGCCCCAACCACAGCAGCAACAACAACAACAAUCUGCUCCAUCAAACUCUGGAAAGAAGCCACCCCGGAAACUCGAGAUGCGCAUGCCUAACAACGGCGCCUCCCCAACCAACAUCACGUUCAGCGCACCUUUCCUCGACAACACCCUCGCCAAGCUACUCACGCUCCAAAACCGCAUGUUGACAGUCAGUAACGACAUCGCAGCGUGUGAGGAUGUAGACGACAAGACCAAGCAAGAGCAGUUUGCCCAGAGCGCAGAAUUGAGUCGUAUCAUUGCGCUAAUCUGCGCCGAGAAGGCUAGACAAGGUGCUUAGUUUGUAAUGUUUUGUCCAAAGCAAUGAGUAGUAAUGAGCGUUUCUUCUUUUUCAAUGGCGUUAUCGGAUAUGUAACGAAAAGGUUUCCAUAGUAAUAGCGCACUUUGUACGAAUAGCAUGAUCGACGAAAGACAUAAUAAUGACUUGAACGACAAACAUACAAUAUUGUGAUACUCAGCCUCAGCCAUGUACGGCAUAGCUGACC